AGGUCUUUUCUGAAUGGCCCACUGUGAUCCUGCUAUUUAAAGCCUAAUGAAGUUGACACCUUGCUGACAAUGUGGAGAAAUCAUGACAGAGAACGUGGUUUGCACUGGGGCAUUUCAUGCUGCGAAGGAAGUUUGGGAAGAAAGAAUAAAGAAACACAAUGAAGAUCUGAAGCGGGAGAAGGAAUUUCAACAGAAACUAGUCCGGAUUUGGGAAGAACGAGUAAGCUUAACAAAACUAAAAGAAAAGGUCACCAGAGAAGAUGGAAGACUCGUUUUGAAGAUAGAAAAAGAAGAAUGGAAGACUCUCCCUUCUUCUUUACUGAAACUCAAUCAACUACAGGAAUGGCAACUUCAUAGAACUGGUUUGUUGAAAAUUCCUGAAUUCAUUGGACGGUUCCAGAAUCUUAUUGUACUAGAUUUAUCUCGAAAUACAAUUUCAGAGAUACCAAGAGGAAUUGGACUACUUACUAGACUUCAAGAACUGAUUCUUAGCUACAACAAAAUCAAAACUGUCCCCAAGGAACUAAGUAAUUGUGCCAGCUUGGAGAAACUAGAACUGGCUGUCAACAGAGAUAUAUGUGAUCUUCCACAAGAGCUCAGCAAGCUGUUCAAACUCACUCACCUCGAUCUGAGUAUGAACCAGUUUACUACCAUCCCUCCCGCUGUGUUGAACAUGCCUGCGCUUGAGUGGCUAGAUAUGGGAAGCAACAGACUUGAGCAACUUCCUGAAACCAUAGAAAGAAUGCAAAAUCUACAUACAUUAUGGCUACAGAGGAAUGAAAUAACAUGCUUACCAGAAGCAAUCAGCAACAUGAAAAAUCUGGGUACUCUUGUUCUCAGCAAUAAUAAAUUGAAAGAUAUUCCAGCAUGCAUGGAAGAAAUGGCAAAUCUGAGGUUUGUCAACUUCAGAGACAACCCACUGAAACUGGAAGUAACACUUCCUCCCAGUGCAUGCACAGAUGAAGAGGAGGACCAGGAACUAUUUGGCCUUCAGUUUAUGCAUACAUACAUACAGGAGUCACGGAAAGCAGAUCAGCAAGUCAACUGUUCAACUGCUUUAUUAAUGUCUAUAAAUACUGAUGGAUAAUGUAAUUCAAAAUGCCCUGGUGAAGAGGAUUACUUUAAGAAUUUGGUGAAUUCUCUGGACUUCUGAAGUAAAAAAACAAUGUUUUGCCAAAGUUUAAUGAGGCUACAGUAUUUAUAAAGUUUGUAUUGUCUGGUAUGUAUAUUUUUGUAUGUGUAAAAAUUUUCUUUUGUGGAAGACAGGAGAUAUCUGAAUUUCUUUUCCAUUAACCAGUUGUUUGUAGUGAAGAAGAAGGAAUUGGUAAGGCCGUUAACAAUACAUUUUCCAGAGACACCAAAGGGUCUAUAUAGUUCUGUAAAGCAGGACUGAAUCCCUUGUGCUGUAAAUACUGAACUCGGCCUUGAUCAAUCAGCAGUUUACAAAGAUGCCCUAUCUUCUUCUUUUCUUCAACAGUGAGAAUC